UAGAUAUUGAUCCCCGACUAGGCAAACGAACAUAGAUAUUGAUCCCCGACUAGGCAAACGAACAUAGAUUUGCAGAAUGAGAACGAUGAUGGAUCGCUAGUAAGCUGCCAGGAAUGUUUGACCAUCUUAUAUUUCUUCCCACGCAUUAUUGAAUGAUGCUGUGCGAUGCAAUCUUACGAAGAACCGUCCUCUCAUUCCCUUUUUUCAGGGUCUGCUGGCAUGCCCACCCUUCCAUCUUACGGAUAAUGUCAUCAGCCAACUCGCCUUGUCUGACCGGUGAUACUCCCACCAACCUCACUACCUCCGACAAUUGUAGUCCAGGUUUUUUUUGUCCCAACAACGACGGAGACCACCCUCCCCAAUAUUGCCCACCUACAAAACAAUGCCAGGCCAGACGCUUACUCAUGAUAAAAAACAUAUGUCCAGAGCCUCAAGGAUUGUAUGAGCCACAUAUCUGUGCUCCAGGUUACUACUGUCCAUUGGGCGGGAGACAAAAAUUACAAUGCCCGAAAGGGCAUUUUUGUCCUACAGGAAGUGAACGACCUCGACUAUGCAGUGGAAUCCACAUAUGUCCGGCUGGAAGUUCGAAGCAAAUGCCAAUCACUGGGCUCACAAUUGUCGUUCUUAUAGAUGUUCUGAUCUUACUUUUUAUUCUAUUUCCAUGGCUUCCAACUCGCGUCAAACGACACAUGAAACUUCCCCUGCAUGUCAAAGAUGCCAUUAUCUGCACUCCGUUGAGUCGAAAAAGAUCGUCCCAACGCAAUUCCGAAAUACUUGAGACCUAUGACGGCUUGCAGAAGUUUGUAGAGUCUUCAAAACGAGGGAUCGGUACAGACGCCGCAAGAAUACAAAUCGAGUUUGAGAAAUUAGGAUUUACACUUAAAGGGAAACAAGGAAUGGUGAAUGAGGUGCUGAAGGAUGUUACAGGGUCUGCCAGUCCCGGUUCUUUGCUUGCCGUCAUGGGAGCUUCAGGCGCUGGUAAAUCAACCUUCGUCAAAGUUCUUACUGGCAAGGCCAGGGCAACGUCUGGUAUCACAUCUAUAAAUGGAACCCCGACGAGUAUGACAACGAAAUUGAUUGGAUACGUUCCACAAGAUGAUAUCGUACUUCCGGAAUUAACCGUUCGCGAAAAUAUACUCCACUCGGCCCUUAUACGCCUUCCAAAAGGAUGGACAAGACGAGAAAUUGAGGAGCAUGUAGAUACGUUGAUACAUUGCCUCGACCUUUCACAUGUCGAAAAUAGUCUUGUUGGAGACGUGAUAAACCCUGUCCUUUCAGGGGGUCAAAGAAAGCGGGUGAGCAUCGGUAUUGAGCUCGCUGCCGCACCUAUGAUGCUCAUAUUGGAUGAACCUACAUCUGGCCUGGACGCAACGUCGGCUCUCUCCAUUAUCAAGCUUCUCAAGUCACUUUCUGAUCUAGGAGUGAACGUUAUAUGUAUAAUUCAUCAACCUCGACGAGAGAUCUUCCUGUCAUUGGAUCGAGUGUUAUUAUUAGCGGGUGGUCGGCAGAUUUAUCUCGGAAACACGAAAGACUCAGUGUCUUAUUUCAGAGAUCUAGGGUAUUCCAUCUCGGACGAAUGCAAUCCGGCCGACGCGAUCAUAGAUAUAGUCUCUGGGGAUACCCAACGAUACGCGUCUCCAUUGCUACCUCAACAUGAACCCCAUUCCAUUCAUUCUUUGGCUGAUAUCUGGAAAGGGCAUGAAGGCGGAGAGAGGGCAUCAACUCAAAAUGCGACAAUCCAGAACACACGUCAAAAAUUUCAGACUGACGCUCUUGCGGCUGCAGCUGCACAAAGAGGCGCCCCACAAAUCCGACAAAUAUUCUACUGUCUAUUACGGGCCUGGACUCAACAAUCUAGACAGAAAGUGGGUUUCAUACUAGAAAUUGUAGUUGGUGCAAUAUCAGGACUUAUGAUCGGGCUUGCAGUGUACCAAUUGGACGGUCUUUUGUUUCAAGGAGUCUAUCUCUCUCCUUUCGAACUUCUUUCAAGCUCUACAAAUUACACAUUAGUCUCUGAGUUAGGUUUGUUGAAUAGUCUAGCUAUAGGGCUGGCAGCGGCAGCACCAGGAGUCAAGACCUUUGGUGAAGAGAAGACGCUAUACUGGCGGGAGACUGCCUCUGGACACAGUCGAUCAGCUUAUUUCAUAGGCAAAAUUUUGUCCACAUUCUUUCGCAUAGGGCUAUCGUCGCUCCAUUUCACGGUUUUCUACGCGUUGUUAGCGACACCAAUAAUGCCUUUCGGGCAGCUCUACCUCUCUCAUCUGCUGUACUUCUACUGCAUAUAUGGCCUGGCGUGUGCCGUGUCGAUGGUCGUGUCACGAAAGGAUGGACCAUUGCUUGCUAUGAUUGUGAGCCUCAUCAUAGGAAUCUUUGGGGGAUACGGGCCAUCUCUCUCUACAGUGAAAUCGUGGCAUCUUGAAUGGAUAUGGCGAAUGUGUCCUGGUGUAAGCUUAUCGCAGCAUUCUGUAUCAACCUACUUACUUGGUACCAGACCUGGUUUUCUGAAGCGUACUUUCACGCCCAUGUGACUCCUUUCUCAUAUCUCUAUGAUAUUGAAGCCGCUGCCAAGUGGACAGGUUACACUUUAGGUCAAAUCGAUUUGGAUUUCGGGUCAGUAUUAGCUACUUUAUCUCUGCUUACCUGUUAUCUAUGAAACUCAUAUGAAUGUCAGAAUGCUUUUCAUCAUUGGAACAAUCUACCGAGUGCUAGCGUACAUGGGACUUACUUUUCUUAA